GGUGCGGUCGCUCGCCCUCCGGGCCAGCCUCGCCUGUGCGACGCUGCGGCGCGCCCCGGACCCGCGGCAGCUGCCCGGGUGGCGCAGGUGGCGGCGCUGAGCCCGCGAACGGGCUUCCGACCCGGCCUCUGGCUUCUCCCGAGGCCGAGCGGCGGCCGCGACCCGUAGGCGCCUCACGGGCCGGCGCAGGGCGGCCAUGGAGCUGGACCCGCCGCCGCCCUACUUCUACGACCACUUCGAGGCUCAGGGCGAGGACUUCCACCGCUCCAGCGCGCCCAGCGAGGACAUCUGGAAGAAGUUCGAGUUGCUGCCCAGCCCGCCCGACUCGCCCCUGCCCGGCCCGGCCGAGGAUGCCGGCGCCGACGGCCCGCUGGAGCCCGCCGCGGGGCUCCUGGGCAACCUGAGCGCCUUCGUCCUCCGCGACUGCAUGUGGAGCGGCUUCUCGGCCCGCGAGCGCCUGGAGAAAGCCAUGGGCGAAAAGCUGGCGGCCAAGCCGACGCCGGCUCUGGCGCCCGCGCACGACUUCGCGGGGCUGGGCGGCGAGUGCGUGGCUCCGGGCGCCGUCUUCGCCUGGCCCGGCGGGAGUGCGGCGGCGGCGGCGGCGGCGGCGGCGCCCGCGGACAACAAAAUCCCGGUCUCGUCAGGCUCUGAGAGCCAGAGCGACUCCGAAGGAGAAGAAAUCGAUGUGGUGACUGUUGAGAAGAGGCAGGCUUUGGGGACAAGGAAGCCAGUCACCAUCACAGUGCGAGCUGACCCCCUGGAUCCCUGCAUGAAGCAUUUCCACAUCGCCAUCCAUCAGCAACAGCAUAACUAUGCUGCCCGCUCCCCACCUGAUGCUCAUUCCUUUGAGGGGCCUCUGGGCAGUGGAGAGCCAGGUGCUGAUGCCACGGAUGAUGACCCACAAUCUCCAGGGCAAGGGGUGGAGAGUUUCCCUGCUGUAUCUUCCCUCCCCAAGGCUGGAAGUGCUCCUGGCUCAGACAGUGAGGAUGUGACCAAACGGAAAAACCACAACUACUUGGAGCGCAAGCGGCGGAAUGACCUUCGUUCACGUUUCCUGGCACUGAGGGACCAGGUACCUGGUCUUGCAUCUUGCCCCAAAACCCCCAAAGUGGUGGUCCUGAGCAAAGCCUCUGAAUAUCUGCAAUUGCUUCUCAGCGCUGAACAGCAAAUGAUGGCUGAGAAGAAGUUGCUGAAACUGCAUCAGCUUCAGCUACUGAAACAGAUUUCACACCUGCAGGGCACUCAGUAGCUGCGCAGGCUUCCUGGGUUUUCAGUUGCAUCAGCACUUUUUGGUUGGUUUUGGGUUGCGGACUCCUAAUGUACUAAUUCCUAAUUCCCAGCAUGCACUGCCACUGCACACCACGCGGGGCUUGU